GCUUCUACAACCAUGGCUGCUGAGCUUGGCUUUCUCUCAUUAACCCAACUUCAAAAGCUAUCCCAAAACCCGAACCACCACCAUCAGCCCGACACGAACUUAGCCGUCGGCUCGGGGAUGUGGUACCCUAAGGCGCAACCUCUGGAACUAGACGAUGAUUCUUGGGAGGUUAGGGCCUUUGCUGAGGACACGGGUAACGUGAUGGGGACGACAUGGCCGCCGAGGUCUUAUACUUGCACUUUUUGUGGAAGGGAAUUCCAUUCGGCUCAAGCCCUCGGCGGUCACAUGAACGUUCACCGCCACGAUAGAGCUCGGCUCCAGAAGCCACAUCCCGGUGGCCUGAACUUGCCAUCCGCUAAAGAAUCCGCCACAAAUGGCGGCAUGUGCCUCCUCUACCAAUUACAUAACCCUAAUGGGGUUUUCACUUCUCCACCUAGGAAUGCAAGGUCAUUUCCACCAUAUCCCCCUUUUGACUUGAUGGCAGCCACGGCGACAUCUAUAAAUAUUCCGGUGCCGCCUCCAGCGUUAAAUAGCUCUUCGUCUUACAUCACCGGCAGCAGCAACUGCAAGGAAACAUCCAUUGAAGAGCUCGAUCUAGAGCUUCGCCUAGGGCAUAGACGUUCAACAACAUCUUGA